AUGAUCAACAAACUCAUCUCUUUCGUGCGUUCAUAUUUCAGUCCACAAAAUUCACAUCCAGCCGAGAGUCCAGGCAGCCAUGGGUUGGGUCUAGAGGACAAGUCCUGUUGUGUAUGCCUGUUAAGGCUCGAGAAGGCUAGAGAUGAAGAAAGGCGUGUCCUUGCUUGUGGGCAUGAGUUUCACAAGGUGUGUGUAGAUAAGUGGUUUGAUGAGUGUCGGAAAACAUGUCCGGUUUGCCGGUUUUCUUUUGAGGAUGAGGAAAUGAAGACCAGGAAAAGCCAAGAGUUAACUGCGGAGAUGGCGAUAUGGUUUUCCUCUUUUCAUGUUGCUGGUUACAUUUAG